AUGCCUGUCGAUCCUUCGGCGCGUCCCAAGAGGUCAUGUUCACCCGAGCCCGCUGCGAAGAAGGAUGCGGCGCACCAUGAUGAGGCCGGCCCCGCUGCUCAGCCCGAUCCUGCUGACCAGGCCGGCACCGGCAACCACAAGCGUACCCGCACGACCUCUCCCGCUCCCUCCAACGAGCCCGAGAGCGGCGCCGCUCCCGAGGACGGUACCGUGCAGGACAGCCGACAGGUCCCACCCGUUGCAGCCGACGCUGGCACCGUCAUCAGGGAGGCGCUUCGGCUUGAUAUUCACGAGCAGUAUCUUGCCGAGUGCACGGAGGAUCCCUCCUUGUCAGAGACGGACAAGAAGAUCCUGCGGGUUUGCCGCGUCAUCGAGAAGUAUGCCGACAUCUUUGAGGAGAUGCGCAUCUCCUUCCUGCAGCAACUAAAGCAGUUUCAAGAGGAGAUCCGCGGACGGCAACAAGACAGCCUCGAACAGCUCGGCGAAAUGUUCGCAGAGACGUUAGUGAAGGUUGUCGCUAUGAGCGAGCAGGACCAGCCGCUCAAGAGGCGCCAGGAGGAGCUGGACAAGCGCCAGGAAGAGCUCGACAAGCGUCACGAGGAACUUGCCAAGCGCCAGGAGGAGCUCGCCACGCGUCUGGAGGAGCUCGACAAGCGUCAGGAGGAGCUCGCCAAGCGCCAAGGGCAGCUCGACGAGCACUAG